AUGCAAGUCCUCCUCCUCGGUGGUCAUGGCAAAAUAGCCAUACGCUUGACCCCGCUUCUUCUCAACCGCGCCUGGAAUGUCACCAGCGUAAUCCGCAACCCAGACCACGAGUCCGAGAUCCUUGCCUUAGGUAAGGACACCAAAGGCAAGUUGGACGUCCUUGUCUCCAGCCUGGAUGACGUCAAGAGCGAUGCGGACGCAAAGAAGAUCCUAGAUAUCGUUUCCCCAGAUUAUGUAGUGUGGUCGGCUGGUGCCGGAGGUAAAGGCGGACCCGAACGAACAUUCGCGAUUGACGAAAAAGCAGCAAAACAUUUCCUGACGGCGUCAUUUGCAUCUCCGCGCGUAACCAAGUUCCUACUCGUCUCAUGGAUCGGGAGUCGUCGCGUCCAUCCGUCCUGGAUGUCUGAUGCAGAGUGGGAGACGUUGCAGAACGUCUUCUAUAAUGUUCUCCCGGCCUAUGCGAAGGCCAAACUUGAAGCCGAUGAAUAUAUGACUGCGCUGGCGACCCAGCGCAAAAAACUGGUCCAGCAGGGAGCGGCGCACCCCUUGCAGGCGAUCAACCUGCGUCCCGGUACCUUGUCGGAUGACCCGGCGACGGGAAAAGUGCAGCUGGGGAAGACCACCGGGCGCAGCAAGGUUACCCGCGAGGAUGUGGCGAUUGUGGCGGAUCGGUUGCUGGCUCGCGCUGAUACUGAUGGAUGGUAUGAUCUGGUGAAUGGAGAGGUGCCUAUUGACGAGGCGGUGGGUCAGGUGGUGAGGGAGAAGGUGGAUGCCGUUGACGGUGAAGAUGUCGAUGCCAUGGUGAAACGGUUCUUUCCGUAG